AAUCUCGUUGCAGCUCACCAGAACUCUCUGAGCCCACACACGCACGCAUCCUACCGAGGGUAAUUGGGUCAUGGUCCCAAUCGGAAUUCUAACCUGCGCAUCUCGCAGUCGCAAAUCACAGACCUGCUUCAGAACCCUUGAGCGCGAUCCCAAUCCAAAUCUCUGAUUUGUCAGUCGGAUAUGUAUGGCACAGAGCGUUCUCGAUCAGUCCUCUAGUGAGAUCGUAUAAAAAAAUCAUAACCCUACGAUCGUCAAUUGUAGGAUUCGGAGAUCAUCGACUUCGGAGCUCCCACUUAGCGGUAGCAUCCUUGCAAUCGAAGUCGUGUUUAGAGGAACUGUGUACUGCGAUUUCAGUGAUGGCGUCAAUGGCGAUCCAGGGUGUGGUUGCCCCUGCAGUUGGAGCAUUUGGCAGCAGUAAGUGUUUUCAAAAAAAGCCUUCUUCAAUUUCUUCGUCUUCAUGGACCUGCCAGGCAGUGUCGAAAGGUGAAGGGACCGCGGAUGCGCCUACUGUGAGUUUGGAGGGAGUGAUCAACGCUGUCCAACAGGCACCAAGUGCAGACCCUGCGCCCGAAGCCUUAUUAGCCGAGUCCACCAGCAACGGAUCCACCGCUACUAUGACAGGGAUCGCCGAGUGGUACAAGGUCUACGGGAAGUCAGUGGCACCCGAUCAAGAUGCUCGAGCUCCAUACUACGGACCUAACCGACCAUUGUGGAAAGGCCCUUUCACAAAACCCAAAGACGUACCCGAAUAUCUGAAGGGAGAGUACCCAGGGGACUACGGCUGCGAUAUAUUCAAGCUCGCAAGGCUUCCAGCAAACUACGCCAGACUCCGGACUCAGGAGCUUAUGAAUGGUCGUUGGGCUAUGCUUGGCAUUACCGGCUGCCUGACCCCGGAGCUGAUCAACUCAAACUCCACCCCUGGCUUCGAACCCGUUUGGUUCAAUACGGGAGCUCAGAUCUUCUCCGACGCUGGCAUUGACUACCUAGGCGUCCCCGGGUUCAUUAACGCACACAGCCUGUUCGCCGUCAUCGUCGUGCAAGCUCUGCUCAUGGGUCUCGCUGAAUACGCGAGGAUCAAAUUCGUGCCAGAAGGGGCAGAUCCUUUCUAUCCCGGAGGGAAGACGUUCGAUCCUCUUGGAUUCUCAAGCGACCCAGAGAUUCUUGCCGAGCUGAAGGUGAAAGAAAUCAAGAACGGAAGGCUUGCCAUGAUGGCCAUGGCGGGUCUCUUCGCGCAAGGCGCUGUGACGGGAGUCAGCCCCUUGCAAAACUUGCACGAUUGGUUGCAUUUGUAAGAGAUUUACUGAGAAGUGCCCUGCGUUUUGCUUUUCCAGCCAUGAAAUCCAUGAAUAUCAAGUCAUCCAACGCCGCUCCGAUGCCAUGAUCCGAGCCAUAAGUAUAGUAAUACUGUAAUUACAAUGCCAAUUUGCUGUAAUGUUGUGGUGUAGUGGAUCCCACUGCGGGAGAAAGCGAAGAAGCUCCUGGCUCCACCAGUUUAUGAGUUUAGUUUUUAGGGUGAGAGCUUUGAGAUACGGAAGCCACUACAUGUUUUUCUUAGAUUACCAUGAAAUUUGCUGACACAAAAACCUUUCAAUAUGAAACAGCAAUUACAAAACAAAUCUAACGCAA